AUGCAGGAUAAUACAACAUCAGAGGAUGAAGUGUUGACGCUUAUCAUUGGUCAACUAGUGGCGUACGGAUAUGCUUCCGUGGCUCAAACCGUAGCAGACGCGACUGGCGCGACUACCGAUAUGAUGCCCAGCACCAAACUCGCCGAUUUGAUUCAAACAGCAAAGGAACGAAUGGAUGUAGAUGAAUCCGACGAUGUCGAUUACCAGGAUAAAGAUUACGAUCCCAGUGAGGAUUCAUUGGAACCGGAAUCAGCAGGAUUUACAGGCUUGGAUGGCAAAUCAGCAAACUACAAUAAGCCUGUGCCCGAAUACGUUCAGUUAUAUUACACGCAGCACAAAGGACCGUGUCAGACCGCCAUUUUCAGUACUGAUGGACGUUUUGCCGCUACAGGAUCCCACGAUUCGUCUCUCAAGUUGCUCGAUGUCAGCAAAAUGAAGAACCGUACAGGGGAAGCCAGUGAUAAACCGGUGAUUCGUACGCUGUAUGAUCACACAGCGCCGGUCAACGAUUUGAGUUUCCAUCCCAACGGUCUUGUUUUGGCCAGCUGUUCUGAUGAUCAGAGUAUCAAGUUGUUUGAUCUGUCCAAAACCGGCGUCAAAAGAGCCUUUCGCUACUUGCAAGACGCUCAACCCGUCAAUUCCAUUAGUUUCCAUCCUUCAGGCGACUUUUUGCUCGCAGGUACGCAUGAUGCCGCAGUACGGAUCUAUGAUGUAAAGACGUUGCAAUGUUUCACAAACUCCACGGCGGAUAUUCACCGUGGUCCUAUCACUCAAAUCCGAUACUCGCAUACCGGCAAACUAUUUGCGACUUCUUCAGCCGAUGGCAGUGUCCGUAUCUGGGACAGCGUGUCGAGUCAGUGUAUCAAGCAGCUCGAAGGCGCGCACGGUGGUGCCGCCGUGUCGAGUGUUCGUAUUACCAAAAAUGAAAAGUUCCUUCUCACCGCCGGCCUGGAUUCCUCUCUUCGAUUGUGGGAUAUUUCCAGCGGAAAGCUCAUCAUGCAAUAUACCGGUCAUGAACAACGAGUUGAAAUGCUUCAACCUGCAUUGACUUACAACGAAGCGUAUGUUUUAAUGGGAGACGAAGCAUCUAUGGAUGUGUUUUGUUGGAACACACAAUCGGGUGAACUUGUCAAGAAAAUACCGGGUCACAACAACGUUGUACGAUGUGUGGCCGCUUCUCCUGUGGAUAACGGUAUCUUGACAUGCAGUGAUGAUUAUCGUGCACGGUAUUUCGAUGUCAGUAAAAUGGCCUUUUAA